AUGUCCGCCCCCGAGUCUCCCGAGUUCAGCAAGGCGCUGGUUGAGGUCAAGCAGUUGACCAAGAAGCCCAACAACGAGGAGCUUCUGCGCCUCUACGCUCUCUUCAAGAUUGGCAAGGGCUUCGAGUUCAAGAAGUCUGACGAGCCUUCACGAUUCUCUUUCGAGGCCCGCGCCAAGUGGAAGGCCUGGGAGGCCGCCUACGAGGAGGAGGGCAUUACCGAGCCCGCCGUUGCGCAGCAAAAGUACGUCGAGCUCGUCGAGGAGCUCAAGACCAAGUACGAGUUUGACCCCAACAAGACUCCCGAGUAA